AGCUUCAGCACGGACCGCACUUGUUGAGUGAUCUCUAGGAGGACAGUCUAACGCGGAGCUGACAAACCUAAACACUCCGUUAGAUCGGCAAAUGACGCCGGCAGUGAUGAAAGGAUUCGCGCUCUUCAUCUGCGUCUUCUGCACAGUUGUUCAGUCCAUCACGUGCGAGGCGAACAGGAGAGACGCGCGCAAGAAGCACGAAAACGACGCGGCGCACCACAGCUCUGCCAUAACAACAGGAGCGUGGAAUCAGGAGAAACCAAAGAGGCUCUUUGCCAGGAGUCGAAAUCUGUCUCAGCAGAGACAUCACGUGGUGAGACCUAAGCCCAGGCCUGAGGCGCUUUCUCCAGCCCAGACUCCAGCGCGGCGCUGCGCCGGUCUGAUGGAGAGCUGCUCCUCGCUCACUCCCUGCUGUGACCCAUGUGCUUCCUGCCACUGUCGGCUCUUCAACACCAUCUGUCACUGCUGGAGACUCGGACACCUCUGCCCCAAGAAAACCUAAUGACCCCAAACGCACAUGUGCACACUGGACAGCAAAUAUUGUUUAUCGGCCAACAAGAAAGUCAUAAAAAGUCGUUUAUUAGUUUAAUCUGAUAGUAUCUUGUACCCAGCUUUCAAUAAUUGACCAUACAAAACCAUUUUUGGUCGUUUUUGAUGAUGACACAUCUGUCUAAUUUGACUAAUUUCAACCAAAACUAAUUUGGGACAAAAACGUGUAGGGUUCAGUUACGUCCUUUGGUGUAAAAAGAAUGUGCCAUAAUGUUGACAAGCAAAUAAAUGACUUUGACUCGUCUCUUGUUUUCAUGAAAACAAGCAGACACUGAUUUUAUUUUGAGGCACUUACAGUGGAAGUGAAUAAUUUUUGAAGGAUUUAAAAGCAGUGAUAUGAAGUUUCUGAUUUUAUAAACUCUCUACAUUAUUUUAUAUUUUAAAAUGUCUAUAUUAGUGGAGCUGUGAAGCUGUUUAAAUCAAGUCAUAGUCAUUUAAGGUUUUAGCAUUGUAAAACUAGAAGUAAAAAGAAAGAAAAUGUAAGUAAGUGAUUUUUUUUCAGACUGAAGUCAAGUUUAUGUGAGGCUGCAUUACUGAACCAGUGAGAAUUUCAAUAUUUCCCACUUUUUCCUUUUUGGUGUGUGUGUGUGGGAAUUAUAAUUGUAUAAUAUUAACCAGUCAGUGUGUAACCCCCCCAAAAAGGUUUUACCAACAAUCACUUUUUUUUUUUUUUUUUGGAUUUAGCAAAGAUUUGUUCAGAACAUACCUCCAAAUCCACCAGAUGAGAAACAUUGUUAUAUAACACACAUGCAGCUUGUGCUUCUACACUCUCAUACUGCUUUGCAGCAGGCCAUGGAUCAUGUAUGACAUUAACUAUCUGUACAGUGAAUGUGUCACGUCCAUAUGACUGGAGUUAUUCGCUCUCUUUUUGCACCAUGACACUAUUGUGACUCAUUUACAGACUGGAGAUGUUAUUACAGUCAACUCUUAUAGAAUUCAUGCUGGCAAAAUGAUUUUUGUUAUAAUUCACAAUAUUUUUCAGCCCUUGUUAAGCAAGGGGCAUAUACUGUUUAACUUGUAUAUAAUUAAUGUAAGAGUGCCUGAUAAGCUACAAGACAAAUCGUUUUAGGUGCAGUAAAUGUGAUUUAAAUGUUA